AGAGUAUCUCGGAAAUGAUUAUAUAAAUGAUCCAACUACUAAUCCAAUAAAAGUAGUCGCAAAUCUUUAUCAGCAAUGGGUUUCACUCUCGAAUUUAGGAGUCAAACAUAUAUUGAUAAAUAAUUUCUUUGAUUUUUCUUUACUUCCUGAUAAAACGAAAUUAAAUAAAAAUGUGACACAAUUAAUCGACAGAAAGAUUACACUUUUACAUAAUACUUUAUUAGUCUUAAGGGUGACCGAGUUUAAUUUAAGAUUUUUAGGGAAGACCAAACUUUAUUUAUCAGAUUUUCAAAAUUUAUGGAUGCGUGUUAGGGAUGGGGAUGUUAGUAAAAGAUUAAGAUUAUCAAAUUUUAAUGAAAAUUGUGUUGAAAGAAUGAAUAUUAGUGAAUACAGGGUUUGUGAUGAUCCGGACUCUUAUCUAUAUUGGGACUAUAUUAACCCCACGACGAAGAUGCAUUCAUAUAUUGCUUUCUCGGCGUUUAAUACGAUAAAAGGACAAAAACGUAUCAUCUUUUGACCAAUCAGAAUUUAAAAAAAUUUGGCCGAAUAUUUUAGAUAUUAAUGUUUUUUUUAAAAAAAAAACCUU